GGGGAGGGAGGUGGAGGGCGAGUUGUGAGUACGGCUAUACGUAGACCACCAUGUUUCCAGACAGUAAUUGCACAAUGUCGGAGAGCGCGUUUUAGUUUUGUGUACUUUUGACACUUGCAUCUACAAUAAAAUGCAUAAUACUAUCUUACACGCUCUUAUUAUGCCAAAUAUGCCAUAAUGGUGCCAAAUUUAUGACUUAGUGACCACUCCAAAGUUCAAUAUUGAAAAUUAAACAGUCUUAAGCGAAGAUAAAAAUACAUUACUGUCGCCUGCUUAGUAGUUUAGUUUAGGUAAGGCUCUUCUUACUUUCUAUUAACCAGGUCGUCACGCGCAUUUUAGUUUUUGUAAAUAUUAGACAGGAUUACGUCUCCGUUUUUCAUUUUUAUUUAGAAAAAACAUAUAUGCAGUAUGAAAGUGAGUAUUACACAUUAUAAUGGUGCAGAGAGAGAGAUAGUAAAUAGCAAUUCAGUUAGCGAUAGGGUGGGUGUUGUUGCGUAAUCCAUUCCAAGGGAAGUAUAGCUCUCACAUAUUCGAUGAUUUGGAGAGUAUUCCACUCUUCAAAGUCGAUCUGCUAAACGUAAUGAGCUAUUGUAGGAAAUAAUAGAGGUUCUGCUCAUAAUUUGAAUGAAUUAUGUCCAAUAAAGACAUAUAAGUCUGUCAGUCCAAAACGAGUUUUAUUUCUUCAUUCUUUGCAGCUUUUGUAACAUUUUGAUCUCGUGCCGCGUGAAGAAAAGAGUAAGAAUAUACGUCAAAAAAGGCUGAUGAUAUUCUGUCACUUAUUAUGAAUAGAAUAGGUUUCACAACGUCGUAAGAAUUUUUCUUACCUUCAAUAGUAACUUUCUUUUGACAUCCGGUGCUUGUGUUUUUCGCGUCGAAUGAGGGAAGCCCCAUUUCCGGUUGUAUCUCUCAUGGCUGGUUGAUUGGCAGGUGCUCGACCAAUGAAAAGGUCGUUUUCGUCACGUGGGGUGUGAAUUGUGCGUCACACAGCUGCCCGAAAUCUCCAGAUUUUUAGCGGAUGAAGGACUUCAAAUUCUGAACUGGUUUUGUUUAGCAGGGUAUCGAAUAUGUAGGCACAGAAAGCAAGGCUUCAAAGGCGCUGACUUCCUCUCGAAUUGUCUGAGGAAUCACCUCUUUCUUAACUGGCGUUAACCUUGUUUUGUGGCGCGGAGUUUACCUUCGGUUGUCGAACAGCACACUACACUGUGUUGAUGUUCUUUCGUAGAGCGGCGAAAUCUUCUGAUAUAUUGGGCACUGCAUUGCUCGUCUUCUCUCAACUUCCACGGGGAUUUUUUGUGCUAUGAGUCGAAGUCAGACCAGUACUAGCCUGAGAAGUACAAAUUUUCACACUGGGGGAAUGUCGUCGGGAUUAGCAAUUCAUGAGCGAGAGAGAGAAGAGGAACGACGACGAAGAGCAAAACUAUCAAGGCAGGCCUCUAACUCUGCUGAGCACCCAUUAUUUCCAGAACCCAAAAAGGUUCAGCCUUCAGUGGAGGAUGCUCUUCAGCAAAAAAUUCAGGCCACACUGGGGAAAUUUGACACUAUUGGAUCAUCUCUUCUUCGACAUGGCAGUCAUCUGCUAGGCAUUCAAAGACUACCACAAACUCCUGUAGAAGGUGACCAGAAGUUCAUCUUUGAUCCAAAGUUCAAAGACUCGAAGAACUGUAGUGAACUAAAGAAAACUAAGGCUGCAUUACCUAACAAACAGGCAUGUUUAAAAACUGCCAGCAAACUUUCCAAAGAAGAAGUGAAAAGUUUAAAAAAUCAGAAAGUCGAUGGCAUUUUAAAUGGUACUGGACAUUCAGCUACAAAAUCCCCUCUUGUGAUCAACAAGGCACACAACACUAAUGCUUCAUCUAAGAACUCAACCUCAUCACAUUUGAAGUCUCCAACUCUUAAAGAAACUACUCCAUCCAAGUCUGGUGAAACAAAAAAGACCCUAUCACAUUUGAAGUCUCCGACUGUUAAAGAUACUACUCCAUCUAACUCAGCUGAAACAAAAAAGACUCUAUCACAUUUGAAGUCUCCAAGUCUAAACGAAACUACUCCAUCCAAGGCAGUUGAAACAGAAAAGACACUAUCACAUUUGAAAUCUCCAACUCUUAAAGAUACUACUCCAUCUAAAUCAACUGAAAUGGAAAAGGCUGAGGUUAAGACUGUGGUUAAUGGUGCAUUUAAAUCUCAUCAAAGUGAUGGCAAGGAAACGGACAAAGGAGCAGUCAAAAUUAAAGGACAAAAGGAAGGCAAAAGCCACAGCGAAAGAGAGAAUGGCAAAAGCUGUAAAGAACAGACCAUUAAAGUCAGCUCUAGCAACAAGAGUAAACCUCCCAAACUCUCUAUGCCUGAACGGAAUCUUGCUGCAUCCUCAGUGGAGCAGGAAAAUCAUCCUGUGAAUGAACCAACCAACGUGGAAAAAAUCAUUGCGGAGAUGCAGCAGGUUGCACCACCUCUCACGGGAAUCCACACACCCAUCAAGGGAGGAAACUCUAUCUUUGCAUUUCACAGAAAUAACAUCCAGGAUAACUCGGUGUUACCGGUGUUGCCAGUUAAGAGGAAACCUAGCGAAGACACAGAGGGUAAAAAGGACACCUGUAAUGGAGUGGUUCUGCUGGAUGAUGACUUGAUGCUCACUGAUGAGAGUGAUGAUGAACAUGAUCACCAAGCUAGUUCACUGUCCAAGACUACCAAGGAUACACGUCAUCGCUCACACUCAACAUCUUCAAGUGGAAGUAGUAGCGAGGAUAGUGAUUCAGACAGCAGUGAUAGUGACAGUGAUUCAAGUGCUUCAGAUUCAAACAAUAACACAAAAAAUAAACCAGCCAAAUCUCCUGUUCACGUCCCUUCUUCCCCUCCCAAGCAUACAAGUGGAAGAAACUGGGGUUUAGAUCACUUAUUCAGUACUCUUAAUCAGUCUUCAACAUCACCCACCACUAAGACAAAACCAAGUCCAUCAGCAGCUAACACUGUGGGAGAAGAUGGUGUUCGGGGAAAUCAGGUCGCUCCUGCUGCAAAUGCAAAUAGGAGCUCCCUUAAUUCCCAUUUGGGUAAUCAUGUUAAAAGUGAGAAGAAAAGCCCUUUGCCCAUGGCUGUGGAGGAAAGUCUGGCACCAUUUUCAGCUGGUCUUCUUAGCAACAGUCCUGAACUGGAUCAUGGAGUUGAUAUUGAGUCAUUAACAGCAAAACUAGAACUUCCUCCUGAAACAGAUGAUAGUGCAGACCCAGCUAAACUUGUUAGUAAUGAGCUUGGGAAAAAGGACCAGACUGUUAAGAUUCAAGUUUCAAAGGAUAACAAGAAAGGAAAGAGGAGACCAUCCACUACAGGAUCUAAGAUGAAUUCUGGCCAAGAGAAAAGUCAUAGUGAAAGCUCUCCCAAGAAACUUUUGAAGUCUAAGACAGAUACCAGCUUAUCAAAAAACCCGGCCAGUGUCAAACUUAGUAAUGGCAGUGUUGAUGAAAAAGCAAACAAGGCUGGUGAAACAACCAGGUUAGCUGGAGGAAAAGUGACAAAAGAAUCGACAAAAAAGAAACCAGAAACUAAAAGUUCAGGCACCUCUGUUACAGGCAAUGAUACUGUAAAACCAGCCAGUGAAGUGGAUGAUGAGGACGUAAUCGUUGACAUUGUUGGUGUGGAGACUAGUCCAGGACACGAGAUUGCUAAGGCAGACAUUAAACCAUUUCCAAAAACAAAGGAAAGUGAGAGAACGAAAGGCAUCAAAAAUAAACCUGCAGGAACAAAUGGUCUUAGUAAGCAUGUAAAUGGUGAGAAACUUCAUGUGUUAUCUAGUUUGAUAUCCCCAAACAGGACAAAAGACAUCUUAGGGAAGAAUGUUGAAGUUACAUAUGAUGAAGUCAACAUGCCCGAGUCUCUUAUUGUGAAAAUUGACUUGUCACUUCUGAAGAGAAUACCCAAGCUUCCUGGGAAUGAGCUGAUCAAACAUUCAGCUUCAUCUCCCUCUGCUGAAACCAAUGGCAACAAGGAUGUGGUCACUUCCCCUGAGGUAAAGAUUACUAAAAGGAAAUUAUCAGACGUGAGACCAGUGGAACAUGAGACACCCAAGAAAGUGAAGAAUGAAAGUGAUGCAGAUUCUAACAGGAAUAAGUGUCGUGAACGAUCAUUCAGUUCAAGUAGCACAAGCAGUCGACAUUCUAAAGAAGGACAUAGGAAACGCAGCCCAAGCCAGGAGAAAGAUUCUUAUCGUAUCAAGCGCCAGAGACAUGACAGUGAAAAUAAUAAAGUUCAUGACAGUCCUUUCAGAGGUCUUCAAAAUGGCAGACUGAAUGAAAAUGGAGCAGAUACUGUAGAAAAUGGCUUAAAACCUCAUCCAUGCUCCAGUAACAAAAACAAUGAGAAUGACAACAAGCGAGAAACAGACAUUUCAAGAUUUUAUGACCCAGAACCUAGAGUGUAAGUGGUAAUUUGUUUUAAAAUUUAGUGAUUGAAAGUUUUAGUCCAACAUGUAUUUUGAUCUAGGAAUUUGUUGCAGGAGGCUGGUUUGUACUGGUUGACAUUAAUGUGACAGGGCUGUCAGUCAUUA